CCAGCUCACAGCCGCGGCAGUUAAUGGCUGUGUCGCGCGGGGCUCUAGUCUCCCGGCCUCCCCACUCCAGGCUCGCCUGUGCCCAGGCGCCCUGGAGCGGCAAGCGGAUGCGCGCAGGCAGCCUCUGGGCGAUGCGCUCCGCAGGCGCUGGUGGAGCCCUGCUCCAAGCAGCCGCUGAGCGCUUCCCCCAGGCGCCUGGCGGCAUUGAGCUGCCGGCGGACGGCCAGGGUGCCGAGUGAGGGCGCAAGCAGCGAGGGCGCAAGAACUCCCCAGCCCCGGCAGCCCCAUCGGCCCCCAUCAGCUGAGAUGUUCCCCAAUGGCACCGCCUCCUCUCCCUCCUCUCCUAGCCCCUGCCCGGGCAGCUGCGGCGAAGGCAGCGGCAGCAGGGGCCCUGGGGCCGGCGCUGCAGACGGGAUGGAGGAGCCAGGGCGAAAUGCAUCCCAGAACGGGACCUUGAGCGAGGGCCAGGGCAGCGCUAUCCUCAUCUCUUUCAUCUACUCCGUGGUGUGCCUGGUGGGGCUGUGUGGGAACUCCAUGGUCAUCUACGUGAUCCUGCGCUAUGCCAAGAUGAAGACAGCCACCAACAUCUACAUCCUCAACCUGGCCAUCGCUGAUGAGCUGCUCAUGCUCAGCGUGCCCUUCCUGGUCACCUCCACAUUGCUUCGCCACUGGCCCUUCGGUGCACUGCUCUGCCGCCUCGUGCUCAGCGUGGACGCAGUCAACAUGUUCACCAGCAUCUACUGUCUUACUGUGCUUAGCGUGGACCGCUAUGUGGCUGUGGUGCACCCCAUCAAGGCGGCACGCUACCGCCGGCCCACCGUGGCCAAGGUGGUGAAUCUGGGCGUGUGGGUGCUAUCCCUGCUGGUCAUUCUGCCCAUCGUGGUCUUCUCACGCACUGCGGCCAACAGUGACGGCACGGUGGCCUGCAACAUGCUCAUGCCCGAGCCUGCCCAGCGCUGGCUGGUGGGCUUCGUGUUGUACACUUUUCUCAUGGGCUUCCUGCUGCCGGUCGGGGCCAUCUGCCUGUGCUACGUGCUCAUCAUUGCCAAAAUGCGCAUGGUAGCCCUUAAGGCCGGCUGGCAGCAGCGCAAGCGCUCGGAGCGCAAGAUCACCCUGAUGGUGAUGAUGGUGGUAAUGGUGUUUGUCAUCUGCUGGAUGCCUUUCUAUGUGGUGCAGCUGGUCAACGUGUUCGCAGAGCAGGACGACGCCACAGUGAGCCAGCUGUCGGUCAUCCUUGGCUAUGCCAACAGCUGCGCCAACCCCAUCCUCUAUGGCUUCCUUUCAGACAACUUCAAGCGCUCGUUCCAGCGCAUCCUUUGCCUCAGCUGGAUGGACAACGCCGCCGAGGAGCCAGUCGACUACUAUGCUACAGCCCUCAAGAGCCGCGCCUACAGCGUGGAGGACUUCCAGCCCGAGAACCUGGAGUCCGGCGGCGUCUUCCGUAAUGGCACCUGCACGUCCCGGAUCACUACUCUCUGAGUCCAGGCCAAGCAGGAGCCUUGCGCCAAGAGAAGAGGAGGAAGAGGAGAAAGGGAGGCGGGGAGCGAGAGGUGAAAGGAUCAGGGUGCGAUGGGAUGAGUUGGGGUAGGACCUUAUGCGCUUCAGGUGGAGACCCGGGAAAGGUGCGCGACAAAGGCGGCGUUGGGCGCUUUGCUUAUAAACUGGGAAAGCUAGAGGGCCUCUUUCUCCUCUUUCGCUUCUUCUUCCACUGCGCUCGCACUUCUGCACCCCUUUAGGCUCCACACUGCAGUUUCGGUCUUUCUUUCCGCCCCGUCCUGCCAGUAAUGAUCAUGAACUUAAUUAACGUCGCCAACUCAGCCUGACCCUCAGCCCCGCCACCUGUUACUUGUGUUUAAGCUGAGGCACGGUUACCGCCGCGGGUUUCCUUCGGGCUGCGUCCCUAGCUCUCCCUCAGCCGCGCCCUGCCGCGCCCCGCCGCACCCCUCGCUCGCCAGACUCCGCUUGAUGCUCCUAGCGGAGUCUGGAGAGCCACGGCUCUCCCUUUCCGCAGCCCUGCUUUAAGGGAAGUCGGACUUGAGAAGGACCUAGGCAGCUGAUCUUUUCUCCCACUCUCGGGGCGAAGGAAGGUGCGUGCUUCCUCGAGCCCCUCCUCCACUCCCGUUCCACCAGAGCGGAGCCAGGUGCUUAGUAAAAUCGGUCCCGCGCUUCGAACCCCAGGCAUUCUGCAGUCCUUAUCCAACUUCCUCUUUGGAGCAAAAAGGAGCUGAGAACAAGCGACUAGGGUUUUUUUGUUUGUUUUUAAGAUUCAGGGUUGGGGGAGGGGGUUGUAAUGGAGGCCAACCUCCCGACCUCAUUAAGGGAGCUUCGGGUUUCAAAGACCAAGCUCUGGGCACUCCCAGGGAACUGGUCUGGGUUGGGCCAGGCAGGCCAGGGCGCAGGGCGCAUUUCCCCCCGGGGCCGCCCAGGAGCACGGCUGCAGCUCCUCUAGGCUCUGUCCCUCAACCAGCUUCAGGAGGUGCAGAUUUAAGAAUAACAAUAGACAUCCGGCACGGACCUCGGCUGACGCCUUCCUAGCCUCGGCCCAUCUGACCGUCACCGCCACCCGCAGGCUAGGAGUGUGGCCCGCCCUGCCUGAGGACUGCUGCCUUUCAAGCGGUGCCUAAUACGUUAUUUUCUUGCUUAUCGUAUUUAUUUAUUUAUUUAACUGUGUUGUUUGAAAGAUGUAGUUCAGCUUUCCUUUUCUCCACUUGCCUAGCCCAGGGCCUUUUCUUAAGGACACUGCAGGUGGGGUGGGCGUGGAGGCGGCAGUGGGGGAAAGCUCUCUCUCCAAGACCCCCUCAAAAUCUCUUUUUGCUAGGCCCUCUUUUCUUACCCUUUCCUCUAGCCUUUUAGUUUUGCUUGUGUCCAGUAAAGUUUGGAGAUUUUUUUUGUUCAUACUUUUCUUAUGUAAUUUAUUGUUUGUCUUGUAAUAAAUAAAUGAUAGUGUGGUGAGCCUCCUCCCAGGCAGAGUGGAAAGUCCGGAAGCCUAGCUUUUAAUGUCAUCCUAUACUCACAUAGUAUAUAUAUAUGUUUAUUUUGCUCCCUUGUCAUGAGUCCAUGCAACAGUUGCCAAAUACAGUCACUAACAGUGACAGGUGUGAGACUGGCUAGAACACGUUCAGAUAUGAGAGUUCAAGUAGCCCUCAAACUUGGAGCUUCGGAAUCUGAUCCAGACAGACUUUAUCAGCACCAAGGAUGGAGAAUGGCCCUGCUUAUGUCCCUGCUUCCUCUAGGUUUCAAGCAUAGGUGAUUAUAACAUACAAUCUAGUUAACAUCGUCCCUUCUUUUGAAGACAUUGAAAGUAGAAUAAUUUGUGUCUGUGUUUAAUCUAACCAACUCCCUUGGAAACCUGAGUAGAGCAAGGACCAAUAAUUUUACUUCUUUGUAUUUCCCGUAUUGCUUUAGUAUGCUGGCUUGUACAUAAUAGGCACUAAAUACAUGUUUGUUGGCUGAUUGUUUAAGUAAACCAGAGUGUAUUACAAUAAUUGGGAGUUCUCAACAUAUGGGGUUCUCAGGUUCCCUCAUUGACAUGAUGCACACUGGUUGAAAUCACUUUGGAAAAAUGUUUUGUGUAUUUUGCUUCAAGAACGUUGUGCUUUCCUAAAAGCAGUAACCAAGAGUUAAAAUGUCCCCAAAGUUUUGUUUAAUGGACAAAUAUGCUUUUGGUCAUUAAUAUGAAGGUUUAGAUCUGUCAUUUAAAAAUAAUGCGUAUUAUUACUCCUUUGAAAAUAGAUUUUUAAUGGUUAAGA